AUGAGAGGUUCCGCACUACUGGCAGGAGCUUUGGCGGCUUCGUCGUCGGUCCAGGCCGCUUCGCUACAGAAUGUGUUCCAGGCAAACACCCUGCUGGACAAAGCGAUCAGCGCGCUGGGGCUAAAUCAGCAGCAGGUGCUGGAUUCCGUUCCCAAGAGCAUUCAGAAGGUGUGGGGCGAGAUGGGGAUGCUUUUUCCCAAAGAGACCGCAGAGCUGGAGUUCAUCACUAAGCCAAAGACCAAGACUAAGUCCAAACCGGAUUCCGAGUGGGAUUUCGUGGUCCAGGAGCAUCCAGAACACAAGCUGCGUGUCAACAAAAUUAAGGAUCCUAAAGUUCUAGGGAUCGACCCGGACGUGAAGCAGUACACCGGGUAUCUGGACGUGGAGGAAGAGGACAAGCAUUUCUUCUACUGGUUUUUCGAGAGUAGAAACGACCCAAAAACCGACCCCAUCAUUUUGUGGCUCAACGGUGGGCCCGGGUGCUCCUCGUUGACCGGGCUUUUCUUCGAACUUGGACCUUCAUCUAUUGGUUCCGAUAUCAAACCCGUGUACAACCCCCAUUCUUGGAAUUCCAAUGCCUCUGUGAUCUUUUUAGACCAGCCCGUAAAUGUUGGUUACUCCUACUCCGGCUCCAGUGGUGUUUCGAACACAGUAGCCGCGGGCAAAGACGUGUAUGCGUUCUUGCAACUUUUCUUCAAACAGUUCCCCGAAUACGCAUCGGGUCAAGAUUUUCAUAUUGCCGGUGAAUCCUACGCCGGCCAUUACAUUCCAGUUUUUGCAACAGAGAUACUGUCACAUCCUCUGGAGGAAAGAAACUUCAACCUAACUUCUGUUUUGAUCGGCAAUGGACUCACUGACCCUUUAACGCAGUAUCCUUACUACGAACCAAUGGCAUGUGGCGAAGGCGGUGAACCAUCAGUUUUAGACCCCGAAGAAUGUGAAGGCAUGUUAGACACUUUACCUCGUUGUUUGAGUUUGAUUGAGGCUUGCUACGACUCUCAAUCAGUGUGGACUUGUGUUCCUGCAUCGAUAUACUGCAACAAUGCACAAAUGGGUCCAUAUCAAAAAACUGGUAAGAACGUUUAUGACAUGCGCAAGGAGUGCCAUGGUGAUCUAUGUUACGAUGAAAUGAAAUACAUGGAUGAAUACUUGAAUUCGGACUUGGUCAAGAAAGCUGUUGGUGCUGAAGUCGACAAUUUCGAAUCCUGCAAUUUCGACAUCAAUAGGAACUUUUUGUUUGCGGGCGAUUGGAUGAAGCCUUACCACAAGGCUGUCACUAAUCUCUUAAACCAAGGCUUGCCAGUUUUGAUUUACGCAGGUGAUAAGGACUUUAUUUGCAACUGGCUCGGCAACGAAGCCUGGUCCAAUGUUCUUCCUUGGAAGCACGCAGAAUCCUUCCAAGAUCAACCUCUAAAGAACUGGAUCUCCAGCACCACCGGUGAAAAGGCCGGAAAGGUAAAGAACUAUAAAAACUUCACUUUCCUAAGGGUCUACGACGGUGGGCACAUGGUUCCAUUUGACGUUCCCGAAAACGCACUCGCUAUGGUAAAUGACUGGGUCAGGGGCACUUACAACUUCGAAUAA